GUCAGAAUCAGAAUGUCACAUCUCAGUUCAAAACAAUUGCUUAUAAACUGGUUUAUUUGAUAAGUAUAUAUUUUUACUGUACCUAGUGAUAAAAUAAUCAAUAUUUGUUGAUCACUGUGGAUUCCAACCGCAACACAAAAUGAAUAUAAUAAAUGAAGGAACUACUAUUGAAGAUCUCUGGACACCAUACAAAGAACUAGUAUCAGUGGUGGAGGGUUACUUGGCACAUGAAAGUGGAGGAGCUCCAUAUGCUGUGCACACAUUUGAAGCUGUAUUAAGAAGGCACAAACAGACAUUCCUAUCACUCUUAAAAUAUCCUCCUAAAAAUCCAACAAGCAGAGAAGAAAUCAAAAGAGGUGUGACAGAAGGAGUCAAUUUACCAAGCGUGGGCAGAACUUUGCUGUCCAAAGAGCUUGUUGAUGAAGCAAUCAUAAUAUCAGGUAUUACAGAAAUUUAA